CUCACUCUCUCCCUCUCUCUCUCAGCAGACUCAUGGAUGUUACUGUCGUUCUCUUCAUUUAAAGACGAACACUGAGGAGCCUGAACAAAGGAGGAGAGAUUCCUGCAGAGCAGAGACAAGUUUGACACUGCGUAGUCUUGUGCUGGAAUGGAUGAUGGAAUGUGCUCCAGCUCAGUGAGGAGGCGGCUGUGGCUCUGUGUGUGGCUCGUGAGCACCACCUGCUGUCUGAGCUUGUGUCAGGAUGUGAGUGAAAGUCUGAAAGAGGCCAAAGAGUUAAACGACAACAUCACAGUCUUCACCAGGAUCCUGGACCGACUGUUGGAUGGGUAUGACAACAGACUCCGCCCAGGACUGGGAGAAAAAGUGACGGAAAUCAAAACCAACAUCUUCGUCACGAGCUUCGGUCCAGUUUCUGACACAGAGAUGGAAUACACCAUCGACGUGUUCUUCCGUCAAACGUGGAAAGACGAGAGACUUCGCUUCGAAGGUCCGAUGGAGAUGCUUCAUCUCAACAACCUGCUGGCCUCCAACAUCUGGACACCCGACACCUUCUUCCUCAACGGCAAAAAGUCCAUCGCCCACAACAUGACCACGCCCAACAAGCUGCUGCGACUCAAAGACGACGGCACGUUGCUCUACACCAUGAGACUGACGAUAUCAGCUGAGUGUCCCAUGCAGCUGGAGGACUUUCCUAUGGACGCACACGCGUGUCCACUCAAGUUUGGAAGCUAUGCAUACCCGGUGUCAGAGGUGGUUUACUCAUGGACACAGGAAGCAGCUAAGUCAGUGGUGGUGGCUGAGGACGGAUCACGUCUGAACCAGUACCAUCUGAUCGGUCAGACAGCAGGGACAGAGGACAUCUACACCAGCAGAGGUCAAUACACCGUGAUGAUGGCACACUUUUACCUGAAGAGGAAGAUCGGCUACUUUGUCAUCCAGACCUACAUGCCAUGUUUCAUGACCGUCAUCUUAUCCCAGGUUUCAUUUUGGCUCAACAGAGAGUCUGUACCAGCACGAACUGUCUUUGGUGUGACCACAGUUCUCACCAUGACGACGCUCAGCAUCAGUGCGCGCAACUCGCUGCCUAAAGUAGCGUACGCGACUGCAAUGGACUGGUUUAUCGCAGUCUGCUACGCCUUCGUCUUCUCUGCUCUCAUUGAAUUUGCCACAGUCAACUACUUCACCAAGAGGAGCUGGGCCUGGGACGGGAAGAAGGCUAUGGAGGCUCAACAACCCAAGAAAAAAGACCCGUUGGCUUUGUCUAAAAAACCCAACAACACGUGUUCGGCGGGCGUGAACUACACCACCAACCUCACCAAAGACACGUCCAUCUCCACCAUCUCUAACAGCACAGCAGCGCAGCUCAAACCCUCAGAGUCCAAGACUCCAGACCCUAAAAAGACUUACAACAGCGUGAGCAAGAUCGACAAGAUGUCCAGGAUCGUGUUCCCGUUGCUGUUUGGAACCUUCAACCUGGUUUACUGGGCCACGUAUCUCAACCGAGAACCCGUGAUCAAAGGAGCCGUGUGAGCUCGCUGUAUCAUCCAUGUUUUCUUAGGCUGUCAGGUCACAGUGCAUGUCUGUUGCUUUAGGAACAAUGUUGCCAUGUUUGCCUUGAGUUUGUACAUGAAGAACAACUUAACUCCUUAAAAAGGUUAUCUCAUUUUAAAAGUCAGUCACAGAUUAGUUUAGUUUUUUAAUGCCGGGAUCAGACGACUCCACAUCAGAUUAUCCAUCACAGUGGAUUCUUACAAUCUCCUGUUCGAGGAACUGGAAACACAACAAGUUUGACCCCGACCUUCACGACACUGCAUGGGUUCAUCUGGGAGGCGGAGCAAGGAGUUUUCAAUCAUGGCUACCAAAGUGUUGCUGGCAGUUUUUCUGCUCAGACACAAAAAAAGACAAGAAAAAAAAGAGAUCAUGGAGCGGUUCCUGGGUGUCCUGAAGAGGACAGUAUGGACUGUCUGUCCUUCAAGUUACGCCGCGUCACAUCGCUGUGUUCUUCUAUUGGUCCAAGUCUAGGUAGGAUGACAGAGUCAGAUUAGGCAGAACAGAAAAAUCUCGAACAUUCUACACUUCUCGUCCCAGAUGCCAAAACUGUGUUGCGUCGUCUCGACUAAAUCGCGUGAAAAUGGUUGUGAACACGUGGUCUGAUCCCGGCAGACGUUGUUAGCAUUUGGCAUUCAUCUUUUCUCCUGGAGUCUGCUGUUGACGGUGGUAAAACGAUGCCAAAUGCUAUGCAAAAACAAAAUUUUUAUUCUUAUUGCUCAGCAGCUGCUUUUAUCUUUGUAACUCUUACUUUGUUAACAAAAACAAACAAACAAACAAUAAAAAUGGUCUGGAGGUCCAGGUUCACGGCUCUAGACCCUGGAACAUGGACGUUUUGCUUCGUUGUUAAAAGCAGACUAAUAGCCAUGCUAAAUGUGUUGCCUUCAGAGUGUGACGACUCAAUAUGAAUGCACUGAAAAUCUCCUGCAGUUAAUGUUUAUUGUCUUAUUUGAUGCUUUUCUGGAUCUAGAAUGGCCACAUUACAUUUUCAGUGAUAAUUCAGGUUUUACAGUGAGGUUGUAUGAGGUACUGUGCUGUGAGCGCCCCCUGUGUGUAAUGAAAUCACCGUCAGUUUAAAUCUACGAUAGUCUUUAUCUCACUGUUAGACAGACUUUUCCAAUAGGAAAGUGAAGUUUGUAAACCACUCACUCUCCCACACCAAAAUCCAUAGAGAAAAUCAGUGAUUUUAACAUCACAGCACACAGGAAUUGUUGAUCCGUCAGCUCUGUGUCAGUACCUAAUACAAAACCCUGAACUGUCUCAUUAAUGUAAAGAUUAAAAGUGGCAGCUUCUUGUAUGUUUGGCUUGUUGCAGUUAAACAAACAUGUAAAUAUGCGCUGCUUUUAGAAAAAAGCUCCUGACGCUCAUAAACUUAGCUUCUACAUCUGCUGCUAGCUUGUACAGCAGCAGCAAUAGUUUAUGCUUCAGCAAUUUUGACGAAUCAUAUUAAGCUUUUUUAAGAAAUGUAGUUUUUUUUAGAUACAUUUGUUGUUUCUAUAAGCUUUGAUGAAAACUUGCAAGUAUUAUCGAUAAAUAUUUAUAUGCUUUUAACAUUUGUUUUGUUGUAAAGAGACAGAUUUGAUCUUAUCAGGUAACCAUGCUCAAAGAGUCACAUGGCAUCACUGUCUAAUUUUAACAAUGUUUCAGGUAAAAUAUGUUUAAUGUUUGGAGAAAUUUGAUAAUUGUAUGUUGUUGCCAACAGUUAGACGAGUAGAUUGAUACCAAACACUUAAUAUGUAUCAUAAAUCUGAAGCCAUGGACAGAAACUGCUUAGCUUAGCUUAGGUUAAAGAUCAGAAACAGGUUAAUCAUAUUUUCUUUCCUGAGAUAAGCUUGAAGACUGAUGGUGUCAUUUUGACAGACAGUCAUUAUAGCCAGAUAGCUAACAGUUAGCUUAGCAUAGGGAGAUGCGGAAACAGUCAGCAUCUCCAUAUGCUAAGCUUACUGUUAGCUAUCUGGCAGCAGUCGGCUUUGAUGUUCACAUGAGUUUUAUCUAAUUGAAGAGGGCACUACAAUUUAAUUUUAUCUCCUUCAUUUGAGGAGAGCUCUCAUUGGCUCACAGCUACUGUGGCUGCUUAAGCUACUGCUAACUAACAUCAUACAUUGAUGACAGGAACUGAAGCUUCUGGCUACAGUAGCUGCUAACGUCAUCUAAUGUCUGAUGCUACAGUAGCUACUAACAUCUGCUGCUAUAGUUGCUCUUAACAUCAGCUAACAUCUAAUGCUAACAUUUUGCUGCAGUAGCAUUUAAGUAGGUAGCGUUUGGCAUACAGGAAGUAUAAAAAGAUUGCAAUUUUGACAACAGAAAGUGUCACAUGGAGUCGACUGAGCUGCGACUUUUGUUCGGCCAUAGAUUUUCGCGAUGUUUAAAGAAAUGAUCGUAGUUUUUUUCUUCUUAUAAGAAAAUACUUCAAAUCAAAAAAUAAAAUAAAAACUCCAUAAGCUUUUUAUUUAUUUUAUUGUUAUUAAUGUAACAUUGAAGUGAAUUUUAGAUAGAGGCAAAUAUCUGAUGCAAUAAACGACGCACAUGUGAA